CCCAGUGAGUCAAAGAGGUUAAUGACGCACGGACAAGGGAAUUUUUUUUCCCUCAACAAGAGCAGGAAACACGCUCAGUGCAGCGAACCACGAUAAGCUUCCAGCAGAAGAGCUGGAAGCGGAGCUGGAGCGCUCAUUAGCAGUUCUACUUUGGAGCUUCAAACAUGCACAACAGUACGUUUCACCAACGCCAAGUUCCUAAAAGGAGGCCACAUCAAGAGGGUUGAAAACAUCGUUUCAGAACGCUGCGGUUCAGACCCCAGAGGGAAAUGGCUGACCUGGUGCAGGGACUACUUAUUUCUCUGAUGGCCGUGCACACCACUCAGCAAAUCGAGAACAGAACAAAGAACCAAACCGGCACUGAACCUGGAUUUCAACCAAAAACCUUCAAAGCAUCGACACGUAUAUGCAAUCACACAAAGCAGGAUAACACCACGGACCUCUACCUCUACAUGGAUCCAGACAGCCCCUUCACCACCUAUACAUCGGGGGUUCUAAGCACCUGGGUCAUACCCUCAUCAUACAUCCUGGCCAUGCUCGUGGGCAUCCCCUCCAACGCAUACAUUCUGGCCUUUCUCAAAGUCAAACUGCGGACUAAGUCCUGGUCUACGGUGAUUCUGUACCUGAACUUGGCUUUGUGCGACUUGCUGCUCCUGCUUUCUCUUGCGCUCCGGAUUCAUUAUCACUUCAGUGGGAGCAACUGGAUAUUUGGGGAAGUUUCCUGCCGGUUCGUCACAGCUCUAUUCUAUGGAAACGUUUACUGCUCUGCUCAGACUAUAGCGUGCAUUAGUUUGAAGCGUUACCUGGCUGUGGUCAAACCGUUUUUGUACAGAAGGAUCGAUAAAAGCUCCAUGGCGAUACUGACGUGCUUGGUUGUGUGGUUUCUGUUUGGAGCUGCGAUUGUGCCUGAACUCCUGGUCAGACAGAGCUACGUGGUGGCACAAGUGGGGAUCACCACUUGUCAUGACAUACUUCCACUAGAAGAAGCAUCCCAUUCUUCUUUAGUUGCAUACCGGCUGAUGCUGAUUUGUCUGGGCUUCAUCAUACCCUUCAUGGUUUGUGUCUAUUCCCACAUGGCCGUGGUGUACCACCUCGGACAAAGUUCAUGCGACUGGAAACCGUUCAUAAGAGUCAGCACCCUGGUCUUUAUCAUCUUUGCGACGUGCUUCUCCCCCAGUGGCAUCCUGCACAUGGCGCACUACAUCAGACUGCUUUCGGGGGAGGACGACCGACUGUAUGGAUACUACAAACUGGCUGUGUGCCUCUGCUGCUUUCACAGCUGUUUGGAUCCGUUUCUAUGCAUGCUUUUUUCCAAGACAGCAGGCGCAGAGUUACAGUUCAUCUCAUUUCGAGGGACAUCCAAGGAACGAGCAGUCAAAAUAUGAAACUGAAUGUUAGGACACAAACAGAUCAUCCCCAGAGAACUGGUAGAGCCACUUGGAGACAAGAGCCUUUGGGCUAA